AGCAAGAUCACUGCAGCAACGACCACGACUCUACCUACAUACUUUCUCAGAACGUACCAUCAUGUCUCUGAUCCAUGCCUUGGUUGCCCGAGGCUCGACGAUCCUUGCGGAGCACAAGAGCGGGACGAGGGACUUCUCGCAAGCGACACAAACCAUCCUGUCAAAGAUCCCGCCGAACAACAGCAAAUUGACGUAUGUAUGGGAGCAGUAUCUCUUCCACUAUGUCUCGGAGGGUGGCUUCACAUACCUCGUCAUGGCGGAUGAUUCGGCAGGACGCCGGAUGCCGUUCACCUUCCUCGCCGAGCUGCAGCAACGAUUUACCUCACUUCCCUCCGCCUCCUCCGACGACCUCUCCUCCGCACCGUCAUAUGCCCUACAAGGCAGCUUCGGAUCGACGAUCGCACAGCUCAUGAACACGUACAACACAGCCCCUCCUACAGACGAGCUCACACGUGCGCAAGCGGAGCUCGCGCAGGUGAAGGACAUCAUGGUGCAGAAUGUCGAGCAGAUCCUCUCCCGCGGCGAGCGCAUCGAGCUGCUCGUCGACAAGACGGACAACAUGGCAAGCCAGGCCACCGCAUUCCGGCGUGGCGCGCGGACCGUACGCCGGCAGAUGUGGUGGAAGAACAAGCGCGUCGUCGGGCUCAGUGUGCUUGUGGCUCUGGUCCUCGUGUGGGUCCUUGUUGCCCAGUUCUGCGGCGCCGCCCUAAACCAGUGUGGUUCCUCGUCUGACUGAGCACGCACGUUCGGUCGGUGUGUUAUAUGACCCGAUAUGAUUAUUCCGGACUUUAAUUAGCUUAUGACCUUCGCAAUUGACAGGGCGGAUUAUGCCUUGAUUCCUCGAAUCAGGAUUGCUGUAUUAUAGCCUGUACAUAUCUGCUCGCCUUGACCCACUAGAAUCAACAUAUGCGACGGUGUCUGUAUUCGAUCGGUCGCUUAAAACCACUAGCACAGUUAAGCAUUGCCUGCUCACAUCUGCGG